AGUUAAAAACGGAUUAUGUCGGGCGAAUUAUUGCUUCCUACGGGUCAAGACAAGAUGGAGGUGGAGCAACAGUCUGUGGAGUAUUUCAAAAAAUGUCUGCAAGAAGACCCAGAUAUUUCAGUUCCACUUGCCGCUAUUAAAACUCUGAUUCGUGUAAUCCAAAUUUCAGACACAGGGACACUUUCAGGACUCUCUGAUUGUCUAAAAUCGGUAAUAAAGCAGUUAAAAGAGAACGCAGAAAAUUCAGUCACAUCUAUUACUUCUGGUUGCGAGCUUUUAUUGAGAUUUAUCACUCUUGCUGCCCAAGAUGCCUUACUUUCAAAGGAUUUUUCAACAUGCAAAAGAGUUUUAGUUGAAAGGGGAGAAUUUUUUUUGCAACAAGCUGAAAAUUCCCGCCAAAAGAUAGCUCAACUUAGUCAAAAAUUUAUCCAGAAUGGGUCUGUCAUACUUACACAUUCUAUGUCUAGGGUUGUCGUUCAGCUUUUAUUAGAAGCUGCAAAGAAUAAAACAUUUUCUGUUUAUGUGACAGAAUCAAGGCCAAAUAGCAGAGGUGAAGAUUUGCAUCAUUUACUAACCGCAAACAACAUUCCAUGUAAAGUUAUUCUUGAUUCUGCUGUUGGUUAUAUGAUGGAACGCAUGGACAUGGUUUUAUUAGGUGCAGAAUCUGUGGUUGAAAGUGGUGGAAUUAUAAACAAAAUAGGAAGCUAUCAAAUAUCUGUAAUGGCAAAAACAAUGAAUAAACCUGUCUACGUAGCUGCGGAAAGCUUUAAAUUUUUACGUGAAUAUCCAUUGAAACAAAAAGAAGUACCUAACCCUUUCAAAUAUAACACAAAGGAGGAUGGACACCCAUCUGUGGACUAUACACCUCCAUCCUAUAUCGCAUUACUUUUUACUGAUUUAGGUGUAUUGACGCCUUCAGCAGUUAGCGAUGAGUUAAUAAAGUUAUAUUUAUGAUAAAUUACAAUAAAUAGAUACCAACAUGUA